UUAGUCAUUUAGGUUGAAACGGAUCGUCGAUCCUCGAAAACCCUUGGCGUCUCUGUCUCUCGUUCUGGUUGUCUCGCUCUCGCAGAACUGCACAACACAGUAAAAGCUUCCUCUCUUGCUGGUUCAAUCCCUUGUAUAGAGAGAGGAGGGUCAAAAAUAUUGUUUUGAGCUCUCUACUGGACUUGAAAGUGGUUCUCAGCAUAAUACACAAUGGCCAAGCGCGAGCUUUCCAGCACUUUAAAGAACUUGAAGUUCAUGCAAAGGGCUGUUCAGAGAGAAGAGAAGUGUCAGAAGGAAGAAGAGGUCAUACCUGAUGGGAACUUUCCAUCCUCUGGUACCAUAAAAAAAUGCACUGUUAUUAUAGAAGGUGAUCCCCAUCCAGGGGCGAUAAAAGGCCGGAUGUCGUUUGGAAGUUUUAAUCCUUCUAUUGAUAAAUUGAAUGAAGCAGCAACAAACCCUCGUCAACCAGAAGCCUCUACCACAUGUUCUGGCAAUCAAAAUGGAAGAAAUUCUGAUAGAGAAAAAGGGUCCACACAAUAUGAAUUGGAGAACUUGAAACUAAAUAGUUCCAACAACGAUGAUGCCAGUGGGGAAGUUAAAAGGAAGCAGCAUGAAGUUGUCUCAGAAACGCAGUAUCCAAAUAAAUCACAGAAAAAUGUUCAAGGCGAUCAGGAAUCAUCACCAAAUAAUAGCAGUUCUCAGAGGCAACCAAAGCAUGAAAAGCUGGACUGGAAUGUUCUAAGACCUUCGAAAGGCCAAAAGAAAAGGCAGUGAGUACCAUCAGGUGAUUACUUCAGACUCAUGUGAAAUUGAUUUCCAUAGGCUUUUAAAGUUCUAAGAAUAGUUGUAACCUUCUUGUAAGUGUGUCAUUAGCAUUCAAUUAAUUUUCCUCAAUUAGAAUUUCUAUCUUUGUUAGUUUAUUUGAAGAGUUAAAUUGAAUUCCUUCCAUUAUGUUAUUCAUUAUCCUACCAAUCUGUGGAUGCUUGAGUACCAUCUUUGUAAUCCCUCUGAUUGGCGUUUGAUACUAGAUUUACAAUAAUUUUUAACAUAAUUUGACAAUAAAAGUUUCAUAA